AUGUCGAAUUUGAGGUUAGAUAAAAAAGUUAGGUCAGUUGCAUAUAUUGUUAUCUCUUACACAGCACAGUCUGAUAAAAUAAAUCUGGACAUCCAAAGGGUUGUUGGGUAUCGCCAAUGGUGUAAUAAACUUUGGAAUGCUGUGCGAUUUGCCAUGAGCAAACUUGGAGAUAAUUACACCCCUCCAACAAAUGUGGUUCCAGAUAUCAUGCCAUUUAACUGCCAGUGGAUUCUCUCCGUGUUGAACAAGGCCAUAUCAAAAACUGUGACAUCACUGGACUCGUAUGAAUUUUCUGACGCUGCUACUGUAGUAUAUUCAUGGUGGCAGUUCCAGUUGUGUGAUGUGUUUAUUGAAGCCGUCAAGCCCUACUUUGCCAGUGAUGCUCAAGCAUUUGCUUCUGAAAGGAGUUAUGCACAAGACACCUUGUCGUGCUGGACAAAUGAGAAAGUAGAGUAUGAGAUGGAUAUGAUUGAGUCAGCCGUGAAAUCACUCAGGUCACUCAGGGCGUUGAUGCCUGCAAAAGAAAGGCAUGAAAGGUACAGCAAUAGGUACAAUUUUAUUAUGCCAGGUGCCUUACAUCACUACUGCUUUGAUGGAUGUGAAGCGUGACACGGAAGGGCGCAAGGAUUUUUUGAUUGGCUAUCAGGGCAACUUAGUGGAUUAAGCAAUUUUCCUGUUGCUGUAAAUCUGAAUUAUGUAUUGUUUUAAUUUGUUAUGCUAGAUGGAUGUGACUUGUGAAUGAAAACUUAGAAUAGUUGUAUUGUGUCGAAUGUUAAUGAUUCAGUUAAUUUGAAGGAUGCUUUAA